GGAUGGGGGAAGGGCCCGAGCCGUGCAUGAUACAGACAGAACUUGCUUAUGGCUCUCUCCGUCGAUGGGGAACUGUGACAGGACGCAAAAGGAAAAGGGAUCUUUCUCCUCACGACUGAAGCGUACGCACACUGUUGGGACCACAAUGAUAUAAUCACGAAAAAGGGGAAGACGGGAGGACAGCCGAAGUUGGACCGGCGGAGAUGAGCGGGGCGGUGAUUGCGGCGAUAUACCGAGGUGUUGUUCUGCUAUUGUUGCGCUGCUCGCGUGUUCCAGUUGGAUUUUGAGACGGUAUCCCUGUCUCUGUCUCGCCCAGGGCUGUGGAGAUUGUUCUGAAAGGAAAAGGACAACAAACGGGGGAAGUGAACAUGGCUGGGACCUCGGGCUUCUUUUCCAACGGACCCAUUCCGUGGAUUGAGAGUGACACCGAGAUGAACAAUCUUUACCGGGAUCUGGAAUUGGGGACCGUGUUGACUUUGUUUUACUCCAAAAAGUCCCAGCGACCCGAGAGAAGGACAUUUCAGGUCAAACUUGAGACGAGGACAAUUAUCUGGACCCGAGGCACGGAUAAAAUAGAGGGAGAAAUUGAUAUCCGAGAGAUAAAGGAGAUCCGAGCGGGCCAGAAGUCUCGGGACUUUGAGCGCUAUGUGGAGGACUCUACAGCACGACUGGACCAGGCUCACUGCUUCGUCAUCCUACACGGCACUGAGUUCCGCCUCAAAGCACUCAGCCUAGCAGCGACGUCUGAUGAGGAGAUGACCAUGUGGGUGAAGGGGCUGACCUGGCUGGUGGCAGACACACUCAAAUCCCCCACCCCUUUACAGAUAGAGAGGUGGUUACGGAAGCAGUUUUAUGCCGUAGAUCGCAAUAGAGAAGACAAGAUAUCCUGUAAGGAUCUGAAGAGCAUGCUGUGCCAGGUUAACUACAGGGUCCCCAACAUGAAGUUCCUCAGAGAGAAACUUCCGGACUCGGAGUUGAGGAAUGGAGACGUGUCCUUUAGCCAGUUUUCCCAGCUCUAUCGCAGCCUGAUGUUUGACGCCCAGAAAGCUAUGGAGAUUCCUUUUCUACAGAGGUUCAUUGAGAGACCAGAGCAGAAGAUCUUACUAGAAGACUUCAAGACUUUCCUUCUGGAGGCCCAGAAGGAGCUGUGGGCCACCGACAACAAUAAGGUGCAGGAGUUUAUGUUUGGGUACCUGAAGGACCCUCUGAGAGAGGUGGAACAACCCUUCUUCCACCAAGAUGAGUUCCUGACAUACCUAUUUUCCAAAGAGAACACUGUCUGGGACUCGGCCCUGGACCAGGUGUGUCCUGAAGACAUGAACAACCCCCUGUCUCAUUACUGGAUAUCCUCAUCUCAUAACACCUAUCUGACAGGUGACCAGUUUUCUAGUGAGUCAUCCCUGGAAGCGUACGCGCGCUGUCUGAGGAUGGGCUGCCGCUGCAUCGAGUUGGACUGCUGGGAUGGUCCAGAUGGAAUGCCUGUCAUCUACCAUGGACACACCCUCACCACCAAGAUCAAGUUCUGUGAUGUCCUGGCGACCAUCAAGGAACACGCCUUUGUGACGUCUGACUACCCCAUCAUCCUGUCCAUAGAGGAUCAUUGCAGCAUUGUGCAGCAGAGGAACAUGGCUACCUACUUUAAGAAGGUCUUUGGAGAAAUGCUGCUUACCAAGGCUGUGGACAUCUCCGCUGACGGAUUGCCCUCACCCAAUCAGCUUAAGAAGAAGAUCCUCAUCAAGCAUAAGAAGCUAGCAGAGGGCAGUGCCUAUGAGGAGGUGUCCACCUCUACUCCCUACUCUGAGAAUGACAUCAGCAACUCCAUCAAGAAUGGCAUUCUCUUCCUGGAGGACCCCAUCAACCAUGAGUGGUACCCUCACUUCUUUGUCCUGACCAGCAGUAAGAUCUACUACUCGGAGGAGACGUCUAGCAACCAAGGCAACGAGGAUGAGGAGGAGCACAGAGAGGUCUCUAGCGGUAUGGAGCAACAUAUAGCAGAGAAGUGGUUCCAUGGGAAGCUGGGUGCUGGUCGCGACGGGAGACAGAUAGCGGAGCGGCUGCUGUCGGAGUACUGUCUUGAGACGGGGGCUCCCGACGGGUCCUUCCUGGUCCGGGAGAGUGAGACGUUCGUAGGAGACUACACCUUGUCCUUCUGGCGUUCAGGCCGGGUGCAGCACUGUCGCAUCCACUCUCGCCAGGAGGCGGGCAGCCCCAAGUUCUACUUGACAGACAACCUGGUGUUUGACACGCUGUUCGCCCUCAUCACCCACUACCAGCAGGUAGCGCUGCGCUGUAACGAGUUUGAGAUGAAGCUGACUGAGCCUGUGCCCCAGACCAACGCCCACGAAAGCAAAGAGUGGUACCAUGCCAACCUGUCUCGGAGCCACGCCGAGAACAUGCUGAUGAGGGUUCCACGUGACGGGGCGUUCCUUGUCAGAAAAAGGGCAGAGCUAAGCUCCUUUGCCAUUUCUUUCAGGGCAGAGGGGAAGAUCAAGCACUGCAGGGUGCAACAGGAGGGCCAGACAGUGGUGUUGGGGACGUCGGAGUUCGACAGCCUGGUGGAUCUCAUCAGUUACUACGAGAAACACCCGUUGUACCGUAAGAUGAAGCUCCGCUACCCUAUCAAUGAGGAGACGCUGGAGAAGAUAGGCACCGCUGAGCCAGAUUACGGGUCUCUGUAUGAGGGGCGGAACCCUGGGUUCUAUGUGGAAGCCAAUCAAAUGCCCACCUUCAAGUGCACAGUGAAGGCCAUGUAUGAGUACAAGGCCCAGAGGGAUGAUGAAUUGUCCUUCAGUAAGAACGCCAUCAUCCAAAACGUGGACAAACAGGAAGGAGGAUGGUGGAAGGGGGACUGUGGUGGGAAGAAGCAGCUGUGGUUUCCUGCUAACUAUGUAGAGGAGAUCAGUCCUUCAGCUGUGGAGCCAGACAGAUCACAGCUGACAGAGAACAGUCCUCUGGGAGACCUGUUGAGAGGAAGUGUAGAUGUGUCUUCCUGUCAGAUUGUGGUGCGGCCUGAUGGUAAGGGAAGCAGGCUGCAUGUGUUCUCCCUCCUCCCAGCUGCCUCUCCGAGGGCAGGGCAGGUCUUGGACAUCGCUGCCAAUACCCAGGAGGAGCUCAAGGAGUGGGUCAUCAAGAUCAGAGAGGUCACCAUGACAUCAGAGGCCAAGCUGGAGGAGGGGAAGAUGAUGGAGAGAAGGAAGAAGAUCGCUCUGGAGCUGUCUGACCUGGUCAUCUACUGUAGACCUGUACCCUUCGACGAGGACAAGAUUGGGACAGAGCGGGCGUGUUUCCGGGACAUGUCUUCGUUCCCGGAGACCAAGGCAGAGAAAUAUGUGAACCGGAUCAAGGGGAAGAGGUUCCUGCAGUACAACCGGCUGCAGCUGUCCCGUAUCUACCCCCGUGGACAGAGGCUGGACUCCUCCAACUACGACCCUCUGCCCAUGUGGCUCUGUGGAUCCCAGCUGGUUGCGCUGAACUUUCAGACUGCAGACAAGCCCAUGCAGAUGAACCAGGCUCUGUUCAUGUUGAACGGGAGGAGUGGCUACGUCCUCCAGCCACCAAUCAUGAGAGACGACCACUUUGACCCCUUUGACCGACACACACUGAGGGGUCUUGAGUCAGUCACCCUGCAGAUAGAGGUGUUGGGUGCUCGUCACCUGCCUAAACACGGUCGUGGCAUCGUGUGCCCCCUGAUCGAGAUAGAGGUGUGUGGUGCAGAAUAUGACAGUGCCAAGCAGAAGACUGACUCAGAGGCGGAUAAUGGUCUGAACCCCACGUGGCCCCGGAAGCCUUUCCAGUUCACCGUGUGUAACUCUGCCUUUGCCUUCCUGCGCUUUGUGGUGUAUGAGAUUGACAUGUUCAGCGACCAGAACUUCCUGGCUCAGGCCAGCUUCCCCAUCAACAGCCUCAAGACAGGUUACCGGUCAGUCCCUCUGAAGAACAGCUGUAAUGAGGAUCUGGAGCUGGCCUCUCUGCUGGUGCACAUGGACAUCACCCGGAGCAGGGCUGAAAAUGGGGAGGUGCUGAGCCCGUUCCUGCCGGUAGGAGGUGUCUCUGCAGCGGUGGUUACCCAGACAGGACGUGAGCGUCUGGGGGAGACAGGCUCCACGUCCUCAGCCUCCUCCAUGUCCCCUCUGCCCCAGUCCCCAGCAGCCCAGACCCAGACACAGGCCUACAGAGGCAGGGAGGGCUCCUUCGAGGCCCGCUACCAGACACCUCUGGAUGACUUCAGAGUAUCACAGGAGGCUCUGCUGGACCUGGACCCUCAGAACAGGAGGUAUGUGUAAGGAGGAUGAUGCGCAGGACCAGAGUGGGCGGAGAGAACCGCGUUUAGGCCGGACCAAUCAGGGAGCAUUCCAACCACCCCCAGCUCCUCCCCGUACCGAUGAUGUCACUGACUGCUGUGAACACUGUUUCUAUGGAAACGCCCACCACCGCUUUGGCCUACAUUUCAGGCAGCUCUCCCUUGCUCUGUUCUCUUUCUCUCCUCUGUCCCCCUCCUGGAGUGAGUGUGAGGUGGAGGGGGCGGGAAGGGAGAGAGAAGACAAGGAUGACAAGAAAAAAAUGAUACGUGAAGUUUCAGCCCUCGGCUAAGAUGUCGGGAGAUGGGGAGUUUUGGCGUGCUCGACUCGAGGGAAAGAAGAAUGGAAGAGGGAGGGAUGAGAUGAGGGAGAUGGGGAGUUUUGGCGGGCUCGACUCGAGGGAAAGAAGAAUGGAAGAGGGAGGGAUGAGGUGAGGGAGAUGGGGAGUUUUGGCGUGCUCGACUCGAGGGAAAGAAGAAUGGAAGAGGGAGGGAUGAGGUGAGGGAGAUGGGGAGUUUUGGCGUGCUCGACUCGCGGGAAAGAAGAAUGGAAGAGGGAGGGAUGAGAUGAGGGAGCUGUGAAGGUGUCAGUUUGAAACUGUUUUCCACGUUAGGUUAUUAUUUUUCUCUUCUUUCUGGCGUAUAUGAGUAUAUAUAUUUAUUCCUGCUGUGCUGUUGGCCAGACGACGGCAGCAGCCAACCUGCUCUUAAAGAGCUUCUGUCUCCAUGUUUUUUUUAAUUAUUUUUAUUUAAACUUUUAAACAUUCAUGUGAUUUCUUUUUUUAAUGUGUAAAUCACGAGGGCUCUCUGUGGAGUAACUCAAGCCUUUAUACACACGGGCUUUUCUUAUUUUGCCAAACUUGCAUUCUGAAAACUACGGAUCAUUCCGUUGCCUGCCUUGUGACACUCUUACCCCCUAUACACUAUACAAUCUGGACAGCUGAAGUGUAACAGACUCCGUGAUAGAAAUGUAAAGGUAAUUGAGCCGACAAAUGCAGCAUUUACAGUGAAAGCAGCCUCUGCUAACGCGAGAACAUUGCCUUUAAAUUCCAAUCACGCUGUGAAACUGAACUUUGGCAGUGUGUCUUGAAUAGAGCCAAAAUCCCCCCCACCCCCCCAAUAUAGAACUUUAUCAAAAGUGCUACCCUAUUUGGAGAUUAGCAUGGCAUUAUUUUCCUUUUUUAGGAUGCCAUACUGCAUUGUCGAGUGCUGGAACUGGGCUCGCCUGUCUGUCCCUGAAAGCAAUGCUGUGAGUUCAAAUGCUAGUGAUGAAGUCACAUCCUUAAUGUUUAAUUCUGUUUCAAUGUGGAUAUAUGGUGGAGAGACAGGGUGCCACUGGAGGCAGUGUGUUGUAUUCAGUUCUGCCCACACGUUUACAAGACGGGCUUGGGUUUAGCAGACAUUCCGGUGCCAGCGCAGAGCGAUGUUUUUAAAUCUUGUUUUACUGUAGCAAGUGUCUACAGUUUCUGCUCUGGACUUCAUUACAUUUCCACUUGGAAUGAAAGGCAUUGGUUAUCUUUGUUUACCUAUGUGUUAAAGUUGUCUAAAUUGUAGACCGUCAUUCCUCUUAAAUGUACCGUCUUAACUGGUGUUGAGGGGCUUGCAUGUAGAUAAUCUUAGAGUAGAGCGCGCUAGGAAGUCGACUAACCUAAUUAAGUGCAGUAUUGCUGGCCGAGAAGGACCUAACUGAAAUCCUAUAGACAGUAUCGAUUUGAAAGGCUAUUCUUAAAUGUUUGUGUAGGUCGGUGGUUCUUGUAUGCAUAUUAUUCAGCUGAGGGGAUGUGUCUUUUCCAUUGCGGCAUUCCAGAUGAUCCCAAAGAUUUUCUGAAGAUUCUUUCAGUACUGCUGAUUGAUAGACUUCUGUAUUAGACUUGCAGAGACGUGACAUGAUUCAGCCUGCAGGGGUCAUAACAGCACUUUAAAUGUAUAUCGGUGUUGUUCCUGAAACCUCAAUUGAUCAUUCCUGACUGACAAACGCCCCCAGUUGGUGGUUCAAUGGAAGUUGCUCUCAGCAACCAAUCUAAGGUCAUGCACUUUUGUGCUUACCCCCACAAUAGUUUAGGCUGAGUAGGGGACGCCAGAGUGAUUUCACUUGAUAUGCAAUGCCCCUCUUGAGCAGACCAUACACUCUAAAACCAGUAUUUAGAAUGUUAUGCCAUGGAGGGAAACUCCUUUUGAAGCCAUAUGGAACAUGGGGGUUGGAACUGAAUCUUGCCACCUUUUUGUUUUGCAGCCAUUGUCAAACCUUCACGGUGAGGUUGGGGGAACGUGUGUGUGCGCGCACACUCUGUGUUGCCCCUCUUGUGCUACAUAGCUCCUAAUGCUGACCAGUGUGCUUUCUUCCAUGGGCCUCGAUGUACACGACUAUAUAUCUACAUUGUUCUUUCAGAAAUCCUGUUGUCAUCCACUGUUUCUUUUGAUCUAGACACAUCACAAUUGUGACUGAUGGUCUCAUUUACAAACCAAGCCUUUCUGUAUUGUGCCUAAACUAUGGAGAAAAGUAUUCAUUUCAUUUUGCCUUUCAUAUGCAACAUAUUCAAGCCUGAGAAUUAAAGUACUUAAUCAACUAUGA